AUGCUCUUUAUUCGUCAGACAUGGACCCUAAUAUAUAAGAAUAUCCUUAUCGUUCUCUUUCGACACGCCUUCUCCACACCUGUUCGAUGCUUUCUCCUACCGGUCAUCUUCAGCUGGUUCCUAGCAUAUGCGAGAAACCUCUUCAUCCCCCCUUCCCACUACGGAAUCGGCAACGCGACGCCAGUGAGGUCUCUGGCAGAUGCUUUGGGUACUGCAAUAGGAGGGGGAAGAAACACCAUAGCUCUCGUCAACAAUGGUUUUACAGGAGGUGAUAUCAAUACGGUCAUCAACCAGGUGGCGGACCAGGUCAAGGCUGAUGGGGUGACGGUCAAGACCUUGUCGCAACAGGAGGACCUACUCACAGUAUGCCGGAGCUCGAUUCGUGGUGUCUCUUCAUGCUAUGGCGCGGCCAUAUUCUACGGUUCGCCAACAGAAGGUCCUGGCGGUAUCUGGAACUACAGUCUCCGGGCUGAUGGAGGGCUUGGAGACAAGAUCGAUACCACAAAUGCGAACAAUGACCAGGAAGUGUUCGCGUUACCUCUACAGCAUGCGAUCGACUUUGCAAUUGCAGGCCAGAAUACUACUAUCGAUCAGUCAGCUCUUCCGAGCCGGGUCUAUGAAUACCCAUACACGACGCAAACACAAAAGGAGAGAAGCGACCAGAUCCGUGUGCGGUACAUGGGGGGUAUCAUUGACAUCCUGGCCGUCGCUUUCUUCAUCGGCAUUGUGGGGGUGAUAUACCAAUUGGUUGGACUGAUGGCAUCGGAAAGAGAGCUUGGAAUGACCCAGAUUAUCGAAGCGUCAAUGCCAAACAAAAGACGGUGGGAACCUCAAGCGGUCCGGUUGCUUGCGAAUCACGUCGCAUUCGACAUUAUGUUCUUUCCAGGCUGGAUUGCCAUCGGCCUCAUAUUAAAGUACGGCGUCUUCACCAAAACCAGUGCCGCAACCCUCGUCUUUUUCAAUAUCUUGACUGGUCUUUCUCUGUCGUCAUUCUCCAUCUUUGGGGCAGCUUUCUUCCACAAAGCACAGCUGAGCGGAAUAGUCACAACAAUCGUAUCGCUGCUUCUCGCCGUGUUGGCGCAGGUCAUAGCAAAAUCUAGUACUGGCGCAGUCGCAGUCCUCAGUCUCCUGUUUCCACCUAUGAAUUAUACUUUCUUCACGGUCUUGAUGGCCAGAUGGGAACGGCAAGAUGAAGGCACGAACCUGGUCAAGGCCGCUCCACAGAAUCCGUCCACGUUACCUGGAAUAGCAUUCUUUGUCUUUUCCGUAAUUCAGAUCCUAGUCUUCCCUAUCCUUGGAGCCAUUGUAGAGAGAGCCCUCUACGGAACCGCAUCGAAGGGGCGCCAACUCUCAUCCGGAACCGAAGUAUCCAAAGCUGCUGUCCAGCUUUCAGCUUUCACGAAGUGCUACAGGCCAUCAUGGUGGGCGCGCAAUAUUGCCACAAAAUUCGGGAAACGCAAGGAAACGGUCGUGGCAGUCGACACAUUGAACCUCACCAUACCGCAAGGCCAAAUUAUGGUCCUGCUCGGUGCUAAUGGCAGUGGAAAGUCGACGACUCUUGAGGCGAUAGCUGGUCUGAGCACAGUCACAUCAGGGACUGUUGCCGUAGAUGGUUUUGGAGGCCUGGGUAUUUGUCCUCAACGCAACGUUCUUUGGGAUAACUUGACUGUUUAUGAGCACGUGCGGAUAUUCAACAGACUGAAGUCCACUGACAAUCCAUCGACCAAGGCCGAGAUCGAUGAUCUUAUUGCAGCUUGCGAUCUUGACAGAAAGGUUGGCGCUCAGUCCGGUACUUUAUCAGGAGGACAGAAACGCAAGCUUCAACUGAGUAUGAUGUUCACCGGAGGAUCACGUGUCUGUUGCGUUGAUGAAUGUUCCAGCGGAGUCGAUGCUUUGGCCCGCCAGAAGCUAUGGAACAUAUUGCUCAAUGAGCGCGGAAAACGCACAAUUAUAUUCACAACUCAUUUCUUGGAUGAAGCCGAUCUUCUGUCAGACCAGAUUGCUAUUCUUUCCCGUGGUAGCCUCAAGGCGCAAGGCUCGGCCGUGGAGCUGAAGCACCAACUUGGAGGCGGCUUUCGCAUCCACGUCUUCAAAACGCCGGGAGAUGACCGUGAUUCUCCCCAUUUGGACGGUGUUUCCACUAAAGAAAUGGUUGAUCAGACGAUGUACACUCUGCCGAAUUCAGCUCAGGCUGCGGAUUUUGUCCGACUGUUGGAGACACAUGGCAUCAAAAAUUACGAGAUAAGUUCACCUACUAUCGAGGACAUAUUCUUCAACGUGGCGGAGGAUAUGGAAGCUAUGUCUGCAACUCAACCAAUAUUCCCCCACAGCAGCAGUCCUGAAGCCAAGGGCAAGUCCAGUACAGAAGUCAUUGUAGCGGAGGACAAGGAUUCAACUCUAGAAGACAGCGAUAGUGGCCUGAAGCUUCAGACUGGCAGACGGAUUGGAUUGAUGGGUCAGGCCUUGACCUUGUUCCGCAAGCGUUGGACUGUUUUCCAACGUAACUACAUCCCAUACGCAGCGGCAUUCUUGAUUCCGGUCAUCGCUGCAGGGCUGGUCACGUUGUUCCUGAAAAACUUCACAGCCCCCGGCUGCUCCCCAACUCAAUCAGUCUCGCCUUCCAAUCUCGAGUCGCUCCUUACGCAACUAAAUUAUGAUAUAGUCGUUGGUCCAGCGAGUAAGAUAUCCCCUCAGGCUCUUGCUCAACUCGAGGCAACACUUCCAGGUGGGAACUCUAGCGGCUCGGGCGGCAGUGGGUUGUCAGAUCUAAUGUCCUCGAUCCACCCAAUCAAUGGUACCCUUGAGGACUUUAACAACUACAUCGGCCGGUUUUAUGGGAAUGUCACCCCUGGUGGCUUCUUUCUUGGUGAUGAUACAUCACCGCCUACCUUCGCAUAUGUGGGUAACGGAGAUAUCUCUCUAGCGACCAUCACGCAGAAUUUGAUGGAUAACCUGCUUCUCAACAUCUCCAUCAGUAGUCAAUAUCAAGCUUUCGACACUCCAUGGGUACCCUCUGCGGGCAAGACGCUCCAGUUGAUCGUAUAUUUCGGUCUCGCAAUGUCUGCAUAUCCGGCAUUCUUUGCUCUCUACCCCACGCUUGAGCGCUUGAGGAAUGUUCGGCAGCUCCACUACAGUAACGGCGUACGGAGUGUAUGUCUGUGGUCCGCGUAUCUAACCUUUGAUUUCAUGAUCGUCAUUGCCACCAGCGUUCUCACAAUCAUAAUCUUCCGAGGUGUCAGCGACGCCUGGUAUCAUGCCGAAUACCUUUUUGUGGUUUUGUUCUUGUAUGGUAUUGCAUCUACACUGCUUUCGUACGUCAUCUCUUUAUUUUCGAGGUCCCAGCUCGCUGCGUUCGCCUUCGCCGCUGGUGGACAAGCUGUCAUGUUCUUGCUGUACUUUAUUGCGUACCUCAGCGUCCUCACCUAUUCUCCGACGAACAAGGUCGACAGCUAUCUGCUGGUCACUCACUUUACCAUUGGACUCAUCACUCCUGCUGGGAACCUAAUUCGGGCGCUGUUCGUCGCUCUCAACGUCUUCUCAGUCCUCUGUGAAGGCAACCAAAUUGCCUCUUAUCCAGGAAAAAUCACACUGUAUGGAGGUCCAAUUUUGUACCUCAUUGGCCAAUCAUUCUUCCUCUUCGGAGUGCUAUUGUGGUGGGAUAGUGGCUCUAUUUGGGCAAGAAUCCGCCGCAAGCAGUAUAAGACAGACGAUGCCGAAGAGGCAGACUCUCUCGAUGACGAAAUUGUGGCGGAGAUCAAACGUGUCAGUGCUGCGCCAGACGAUGGUCUUCGAGUCCAACACAUCACCAAAGCCUAUGGUAGCAACGUAGCAGUGCAAGACAUUACAUUUGGCGUCAAGCGCGGCGAAGUCUUUGCCCUCCUCGGCCCCAACGGCGCCGGAAAAUCCACAACGAUCUCCCUCAUCCGAGGCGAUAUACUCCCAUCACAUACCAGCGGCGAAAUCUACGUUGAAGAUAUCCCAAUUAGCAAGCGACGAGCAGAUGCGAGGCACCAUCUGGGUGUGUGCCCGCAAGUCGAUGCCUGCGAUCAAAUGACUGUGCUCGAACAUUUACGCUUUUAUGCCCGUGUCCGCGGCGUUGACGAUGUGGAACACAAUGUGCGCGAAGUCAUUCGCGCAGUAGGCCUAGGACCCUUCCAACACCGCAUGGCGUUUGCCCUCUCCGGCGGCAACAAGCGCAAACUCUGUCUCGGUAUUGCCCUUAUGGGUAACCCUUCAGUGCUCUUGCUCGAUGAGCCCUCUUCUGGCAUGGAUGUUUGCGCCAAACGUGUCAUGUGGAAGACCCUGGCUUCAGUUGUCCCAGGCAGGAGCUUGGUCUUAACAACACAUUCUAUGGAAGAGGCGGAUGCCCUGGCGGACAGGGCUGGGAUCAUGGGGAAGAAGAUGUUGGCUUUGGGCACGAGUGAGGGGUUGAGGCGGAAACAUGGCGAUCGUUACCACGUUCAUUUGAUUAUGAAGACCGCACCACAUACCAGCGACGACGACAUGAUUAUGGUCAAGCAAUGGAUCACCGCCAAUCUGGAAGGCGCAGUGGUCGAGGACAAGACCUUCCAUGGUCAACUGCGCUUCUCGGUACCCGCCAGUCGAUCAGCCGCAGAGGAGCCAAAGUCAGCAGGCACCAGCACGGACAUCAUCCAAUCCGCUAAUGACAGGGAUACCAGUCGUAGUGGGAUUGGUGCGUUGUUCACCAUGCUGGAAGUGCAUAAGGAAGAGCUAGGAUUUGAGUAUUACUCCGUCAGCCAAACGACCUUGGACCAAGUUUUCUUGAGCAUAGUCGGCAAGCAUAAUAUCGAAGAAGAGAAUUACGGACAGAGGCCGCAAAAGAAGGGUUUCUGGAAGGGUUUGAAGCGUUCUUGA